AUUUGCAUUACUCCCUACAGCUACAGCACUAGUCCUUUUCAUGUCAUGAGUUUGAUUGUUGUGGGACAUUUUCCUCUGAAAUAAACUAAAAUGUCGUUGGUAAUUCCGGAUAAAUUUCAACAUAUUCUUCGUAUCAUGAAUACGAAUAUUGAUGGCAAACGUAAAGUUAUGUUUGCUAUGACUGCUAUUAAAGGUGUUGGACGGAGAUAUUCGAACAUUGUUUUGAAAAAGGCCGACAUUGAUCUGGAUAAACGUGCUGGUGAAUGCACUGAAGAAGAGGUAGAAAAGAUCAUUACUAUUAUGUCAAAUCCAAGACAAUAUAAAAUCCCUGACUGGUUUCUUAAUAGACAAAAGGAUAUUGUAGAUGGUAAAUACAGUCAAUUGACCUCUUCAAAUUUGGAUUCCAAACUUCGUGAGGAUUUGGAGCGACUCAAGAAGAUCCGUGCACACAGGGGAAUGCGUCACUACUGGGGUCUACGUGUGCGUGGUCAGCACACUAAGACUACUGGCAGGAGAGGACGAACUGUUGGUGUCUCUAAGAAGAAGUAAUUGAAAACAAAAUAAAAAUUAUUCAUAA